AUGAGACCCGUUAUACAGCUCAAUACGCAAGAGGACCGACUUCGACGGCUCCUCCUGGACGUAUCACAAUCCAUCAACGACUCCAAACUUACGAUACAACCCGUGAUUGUUCGCUGGGCGGGAGGUUGGGUUCGGGACAAGCUUCUAGGUAUCGAAUCUCAUGAUAUAGAUGUUGCCAUAAAUGCGAUGACCGGAUUUGACUUUGCACAAAGAAUGCGUGAGUACUGCAGUACAGAAAAGGCAAGCAGAAUACACGCAAUCAAACCCGAUGAUAUUGGCAAUCUUCACAACAUCUCAAAGAACCCAGACAAAUCGAAGCACCUAGAGACUGCCAUGGUCCGUAUUUUCGGCCUCGACUUGGAUCUAGUAAACCUGAGAAAAGAGACAUACGCAGAGGACAGUCGCAAUCCGACCGUUGAAUUUGGCACAGCCGAAGAAGAUGCACUAAGACGGGAUGCGACCAUAAACGCGUUCUUCUACAACAUACACACCGACGAGAUAGAGGAUUUUACGGGUGGGAUGCGUGAUUUGACGGCUAAAGUCUUGCGGACGCCACUGAACCCUCUGGAAACAUUCAAAGACGAUCCACUCCGCGUCUUACGUCUGGUGCGUUUCGCAAGUCGGCUGGGGUUCUCAAUCGAGGAGGAAACCAGGAAGGUUAUGUCACAUCCCGAGGUCUUGGAUGCCCUGCAGGUGAAAAUCAGCCGAGAAAGGGUUGGUACAGAGCUCGAAAAAAUGUUGAAAGUUUUUACAGAUUUCUCUUCAAAAUCCACAACAAGACCAGACUCUUCGCGAUGGCACGUUGCCUACAAAUGCCUUGAUAGCCUCGUACGAAGACGGAGCCCAGGCUCUCUCGGCGAGCUUCUAAUUAGGCCCGGUGAAGCCAACUAUGUAGCCUGGAUUCUGGCCGCCCUCAGCCCCUGGAUGGUUGUAGAACCCCCGCUCAACAACGUUCGGAAGGCAAAUGUCUUACCUCCGCCAGCUGUGGCUGCUCGUGAGGGGUUCAAGGCGCCUAAUAAACUUGUGGACAUAAUGACGGGCAGCUACCGGAAUCGACGAGAAAUCAUACGCAUGAAAACGUCAUUGUGUAAUGAGGAAGGGGCAGUUCUCGCAAGAGAUACGCUGGGAAUGGCCAUUCGUAGAUGGGACUCUUAUGGAGGACCAUGGACUCUCCAGGUACUGAGCGCUCUGCUUGUAGAGGCUAUGGAAAGCCAGGAUGCGUGGACAGAACUUGAUACAGAAAAGGAUAAUUUCAUGACUGGGUGGCAGAAAUUCCUCGAUCUAAUCAUUGAGCUUGAUGUAUACGAUGCUCCAGCCAUAAAGAGGCUUCUUGACGGCCGCUCUCUAGCUAUGGCUCUUGGCGUGAAGCCUGGAAAAUGGACGGGUAAAGCUCUUGAUUUAUGCCUAGCGUGGCAAUUUCGGAAUCCUCAGGAGACAGACCCAAGGGGCGCUAUCGAAGAGAUUCAACGACAGCGUGAUGAGCUGGGUGUCCCUCGAUAG